GCAACGAGCGCGUGCAUGACGAUAUAACUGAGAGCCGCUGUCAGUGUCACAGGACUGAGGGAAUGUGCCGUGCUCUCGGCAUGUGCGCUUGUUAAUGACCAUCCUCCAGCACGGACAGCAUCGACAACAGAUGAUGCGUUGAAUUUAGCUGCAUACUGUAAAUCAGUUACCGGUGAAAACAGCGACUUGAAGCCAAGCGGCGUGUAUUCAUUCAUCGGCGUCUCGCGCGUAGACGGGGCUGCCCUCAAGAAAUCUUAGAGGAAUUGUGAGAAAUUAUUGCAGGUGCUACCUUUGAACCACACUGGAGGACUCCGCAGCAUUCAUGCUGAUGUGGAUCUAUCUAUCACAACUGAGCUGAACGCAAAGACAUCUUCACUGAGCAGGGUUUUAAUACAACAUUAGAUACCCUCCUCCGUACUCUUCUGGAUUAAAGAAACAUGUGAAAACCCUGGUGAGGUACUAGACCACAAAAUUAACCUUCACACUACGAGGAGGAAGAUUCUGCCUUCGUAUAUUCCUUUACGCUCUUCCUUUUCUCCACUUCCACUUUGCGGAGAUCAUGGGGGGACAGCAGGCUACACGGAGAACUUUGAAACAAAACUCUGCACAGGGUUCCACAUUACCCUUGGCUGGCUUUUUGUUAGUCUUAACCUUGCCCAUAGUGUGCAGUGAACAGUCCUUUACAACAUUUCACCCUGAGCGACGAGAAUGGGCCUUCAACCACCUGACAGUUCACAAGACGACAGGGGCACUCUAUAUUGGCGCUGUCAAUCGCGCCUACAAGUUAUCAGGCAACCUAACGCUCCUAGUAUCCCAUGAUACUGGUCCAGAAGAUGACAACAAGGCCUGCUACCCACCACUGAUUGUUCAGCCAUGCACUGAACCACUGGUUUCUACCAACAACAUCAACAAACUCUUGCUUAUUGACUACUCCCAGAACCGACUGCUGGCUUGCGGAAGCCUGUACCAAGGUGUGUGCAAACUGUUACGGUUGGACGACCUCUUCAUCCUAGUAGAGCCCUCUCACAAAAAGGAGCACUACCUCUCUAGUGUGAACCAGACAGGCACCAUGUAUGGAGUCAUUGUACCAUCUCAGGGCAAGGAUGGGACACUCUUCAUUGGUACAGCUGUGGACGGAAAGCAAGACUACUUUCCGACUAUCUCCAGCCGUAAACUUCCGCAUGACCCGGAGUCUUCUGCAAUGCUGGACUUCGAGCUCCACACUGACUUUGUCUCAUCACUCAUCAAGAUCCCCUCCGACACACUGGCAUUGGUCUCUCAUUUCGAUAUCUACUACAUCUAUGGCUUUGCCAGUGGCAAUUUUGUCUACUUUCUGACUGUGCAACCUGAGACACCAGAGAAUAGCAUGUCUUCCAGUGGACCCUCAAAUGACCUGUUUUACACCUCCCGCAUUGUCCGGCUCUGUAAAGAUGACCACAAAUUCCACUCUUAUGUGUCAUUACCAAUAGGCUGUGUCCGAAAUAGGGUAGAGUACCGUCUUUUGCAGGCGGCCUACCUGGGCAAGCCUGGGCGAGUGCUUGCGGCAUCCCUUAACAUUAGCGCUCAGGAUGAUGUGCUCUUUGCCAUCUUUUCCAAAGGUCAGAAACAGUACCACCACCCACCGGAUGAUUCUGCCCUCUGCGUCUUUUCCAUCCGGGACAUCAAUGCUCGUAUCAAAGAGCGCAUGCAGUCCUGCUAUCAAGGAGAGGGAAACCUGGAGCUCAACUGGCUGUUGGGAAAGGAUGUACCUUGUACCAAAGCGCCUGUCCCUAUUGAUGAAUCCUUCUGCGGUUUGGACAUCAACCAGCCCCUUGGCGGCUCUCAGCUGGUGACUGGACACACACUCUAUACGGAAAGCAGGGAUCGCAUGACCUCAGUGACCUCUUACGUCUACAAUGGCUACUGCGUGGCUUUCAUUGGUACCAAGAGUGGACGGCUGAAAAAGAUCCGAGUUGAUGGUCCUCCUCAUGGUGGCAUCCAAUAUGAAACUCUGCCGGUCAUUAAAGAUGGAAGCCCUGUUCUCAGAGACAUGGCUUUCUCCCUGGACAACAGCUACAUCUAUGUCAUGUCAGAGAGACAGGUGACGCGGGUGCCGAUCGAGUCGUGCGAGCAGUAUGGCACUUGUGGAGAGUGUUUGAGCUCAGGAGAUCCGCACUGUGGCUGGUGUGUGCUGCACAACAUGUGUUCACAAAGGGAUCGAUGCGAGCGUGCAAAUGAGCCAUACCGUUUUGCUGCCACACUCAGCCAAUGUGUGAAAGCCACGGUGUACCCUGACAGCAUUGCUGUGUCUGAACCCAGUGUUCCACUGCUGGUAAAAGUGUCUGAUGUUCCGGAUCUUUCCGCUGGAAUCACCUGCUCUUUUGGGAACCUGACGGAAGUUGAGGGAAGAGUGAAUGGGAAUCAGAUUCUAUGCACCUCUCCUGCCGCUAAAGAUGUUCCAAUCAUCCCCACCGAUCAAGACUGGUCUGGUGUGGAGCUAAGACUUAACUCGAAGGAAACGGGUCAGAUGUUGAUUAGCACCGAGGUGAAGUUCUACAACUGCAGUGUGCACCAGCUGUGUCUUUCCUGUGUGACCAGUUCAUUCCGCUGUCACUGGUGUAAGUACAGAAACCUCUGUACCCACGACCCCUCCAGCUGCUCCUUCCAGGAGGGACGCGUCAAUGCUUCUGAGGAUUGUCCUCAGCUUGUCCGCUCUGAGGAAAUUCUGAUCCCGGCAGGGGAGGUGAAGCCCAUCACCCUGAAAGCCCGGAACCUUCCCCAGCCUCAGUCGGGUCAGCGCGGAUACGAGUGUGUGUUACACAUACAAGGAGUCAGUCACAGGGUCACUGCGCUCAGGUUCAACAGUUCCAGCGUUCAGUGCCAGAACAGCUCGUAUCUGUAUGAAGGGAUGAGAAUUAGUGAGCUGCCGGUGGAUUUCUCGGUGGUCUGGAAUGGAAACUUCAUUAUAGAUAAUCCUGAGAACAUCAAAGUGCACCUGUAUAAAUGUGGCGCUCAGCGUGACAGCUGUGGUAUGUGUUUGAAGGCUGAGCGGAAGUUCCAAUGUGGCUGGUGCAGUAUGGAGGGCCGCUGUACCCUACGCCAGCACUGUCCAAUGUCCAACCCAUACACCAGCCGCUGGCUACACCUCGCCAGCACCAAUGUAAAGUGCACCAACCCCCGCAUCACAGAGGUGACCCCAGUGGCCGGACCACCAGAAGGGGGCACCCGAGUGACCAUCCGUGGUGUGAACCUGGGUCUGUCCUUCUCUGACAUGGUCAACAACGUGCAGGUGGCAGGUGUCCAGUGCACCCCGCAAGAGAACGGCUACAUCAUUGCUGAACAGAUUGUGUGUGAGAUGGAUGCAGCUCCUGUGGACAGCAAACCCGGCCCGGUCCAUUUGUGCGUUGGGGAGUGUAAACCAGAACUACAGACCCGUUCUUCCCAGCUCUAUUCCUUUGUGAUGCCGUCUGUCACUGAGUUGUCCCCCAGUCGGGGUCCAGAGUCCGGAGGAACUAAGGUGACCAUCAUGGGAGAAAACCUUGGAGCAGGCAGCAGCGUCACUGUGUUUUUCGGAAACCAGACUUGCGAGUUUUACGAACGAACUAUGACAGAGAUCGUCUGUUAUUCAGCCCCUUCACUAACAGGCGUUGGUUCCGUUCAGAUCAGCGUGAGCGUGGAUCGCGCUCAGGUCAGGGAGAGACUGACAUUUGAGUAUAUAGAUGACCCAGCUGUUCAACGCAUCGAACCAGAGUGGAGCAUCGCUAGUGGACACACGCCUCUCAUGGUGACCGGGACAAACUUGGAUGUCAUACAGGAGCCGAGGAUUCGGAUCAAGUAUGGUGGACGGGAAUCCGUAAACGUGUGUAAAGUUCUGAACACCACUACUAUGAGCUGUUUCGCUCCCUCUUUGACGGCUGAGUACAGGCCUGGUUUGGACUCGGUCAAGCACGCGGAUGAGUUUGGCUUUAUCUUCAAUAACGUGCAGGCUCUUCUAGUGUACAACAACACUAACUUCCUGUACUACCCUAACCCUUUCUUCGAACCGCUCAGCACCAAUGGCAUAUUGGAACAGAAACCAGGUUCUCCUAUCAUUUUAAAGGGUAAGAACCUGGUUCCUGCUGCCUCUGGAGGUGUAAAGCUUAACUACACAGUUCUGAUAGGAGAGACUCCCUGUUCUGUCACCAUAUCUGAGUCUCAACUGCUGUGCGAGCCACCUAACCUCACCGGCCAGUACAAAAUCAUGGUGCAGGUUGGUGGUCUUCACGUGUCUCCCGGCUCAGUUAACAUCCUUUCUGACAGUCUCCUGACUCUCCCUGCAAUUGUCAGCAUCGCAGCAGGCGGUGGUCUUUUGCUCAUCAUCGUCAUCCUCGUGCUGAUCGCGUACAAGCGCAAAUCCCGCGAGAAUGACCUCACUCUCAAGAGACUCCAGAUGCAAAUGGACAACCUGGAAUCCAGAGUCGCACUGGAGUGCAAGGAAGCUUUUGCAGAACUGCAGACAGAUAUCAAUGAGUUAACAAGUGAUCUGGACCGGGCUGGUAUCCCCUAUUUGGAUUACCGCACUUAUACCAUGAGAGUACUCUUCCCAGGAAUCGAGGACCAUCCUGUGCUCAGAGAACUAGAGGUGUCUGGUAAUGGGCAGUUGAGUGUGGAGAAAGCUCUGAAGCUGUUUGCCCAGCUGAUAAACAACAAAGUGUUUUUGUUGACAUUCAUCCGCACACUGGAAAUGCAGCGCUCUUUCUCCAUGCGUGACCGUGGCAACGUGGCAUCUCUCAUUAUGACGGCUCUCCAGGGUCGACUCGAGUACGCCACGGAUGUGCUGAAACACCUGCUAUCCGACCUCAUUGACAAGAAUUUGGAGAGCAAGAACCACCCCAAACUACUGCUUAGAAGGACGGAGUCUGUAGCUGAGAAGAUGCUAACCAACUGGUUUGCAUUCCUGCUUCAUAAGUUCCUUAAGGAGUGUGCAGGUGAGCCUCUCUUCAUGCUGUACUGUGCUAUCAAACAACAGAUGGAAAAAGGCCCUAUAGACGCCAUCACAGGGGAGGCACGAUACUCCCUCAGCGAAGACAAACUCAUCCGACAGCAGAUCGACUACAAGACACUGAUCUUAAACUGUGUCAACCCAGAGAACGAGAACAGCCCAGAGAUCCCAGUGAAGGUUCUGAACUGUGACACCAUCACACAAGUCAAGGAGAAGAUUCUAGAUGCUGUGUAUAAGAACAUGCCCUAUUCACAGAGGCCCAAAGCUGUGGACAUGGAUCUGGAGUGGCGACAGGGACGUAUGGCCCGGGUAGUCUUACAGGAUGAAGACAUCACUACGAAGAUUGAAAAUGAUUGGAAGAGACUCAAUACUCUCAUGCAUUAUCAGGUAUCAGACCGCUGUGUGGUUGCUUUAGUACCUAAGCAGACAUCCUCCUACAACAUUCCACCCACCACAAGCAUCUCCAGGACUUCGAUAAGUCGAUAUGACUCGACAUUCCGGUACACAGGAAGUCCAGACAGCCUGCGGUCACGUGCUCCCAUGAUCACCCCGGACUUGGAGAGCGGAGUUAAAGUCUGGCACCUGGUGAAGAAUCAUGAGCACGGAGACCAGAAGGAAGGAGAUAGAGGCAGCAAGAUGGUAUCUGAGAUCUACCUCACCCGACUGUUAGCUACUAAGGGUACUCUGCAAAAAUUUGUGGAUGAUUUGUUCGAGACUCUCUUCAGUACAGUGCACAGAGGUAGCGCACUUCCGUUAGCUAUUAAAUACAUGUUCGACUUCCUGGAUGAACAAGCAGACAAGCACGGCAUUCAUGACACAGAUGUUCGCCACACCUGGAAAAGCAACUGCCUUCCUCUGCGUUUCUGGGUGAAUGUGAUCAAGAAUCCCCAGUUUGUGUUUGACAUCCAUAAGAGCAGCAUCACAGAUGCAUGUCUGUCCGUUGUGGCUCAAACCUUCAUGGACUCUUGUUCCACAUCUGAGCACAGACUGGGCAAAGACUCACCCUCUAAUAAGCUGCUUUAUGCUAAAGAUAUCCCCAACUACAAGAACUGGGUAGAAAGGUACUACGCUGACAUCAGCAAACUGCCAGCCAUCAGUGAUCAGGACAUGAAUGCGUAUUUGGCAGAACAGGCACGACUGCACUCCAAUGAGUUUAACAUGCUCAGUGCUCUCAAUGAGAUUUACUCCUACAUUAGCAAGUACAGCGAAGAGAUCACAGCUGCAUUGGAACAGGACGAGACAGCGAAGAAACAGCGACUGGCGUACAAAGUGGAGCAGCUCAUCGGUGCCAUGUCGUUGGAGAGCUGAGAAUGACAACAAAUGCUGGAAUGAAGGACAAAAGUCCUUCAAACAAUCAAAACACCACCCAAAGCCUCUCCUGGAGAAAGAGAGCAAUGGCUAGAUACUUUACACCAACAAUAGCUUGAGAUUUUUUCUAAAAUUUUGUGAAGUCAAGAGGUUUUCAAGACCAAUGGGCAACUAUAAGAUAAAAACGUGGCUUUUAUCUUGUGAUGGGAAUCGAGAGAGGAAACUAUGGAGUUCUAAUUUUGUUUGUUUUUUAUAAAAGCAAAGUGGGACGAGCAGCAUCUGCAGCAUAUGGUUUCAUGUGUUUUUUGUUUGUUUGGGUUUCAUUUUUUUGUUUGGCUGGUUUGAUGUGCCUAGCACUGAUUAACACGAACAAUGGUUUCAGGAUUUCAAAAGACACUGAUACUUCCUCAAGAAACGUGCUUGCUAAAACCAUUUCAGGAGGAUUCGAGAGAGGAAAAUAGACGUCUACUGCCUCGCCAUGAUGGUCCAGUUGAUGACUUUUACUUCCAAAUUUUAUUUUUAUACACAAGCUUUUAAGUUUUUUCGUUGCAGUGUGCCUCUUGAGUCUUAACGGCAUAGUGACGCUUGUAUACUUCCUCAUUGUUGCCGUGAUGAAAGUUCAAGUCUCUUUCUAUCGUCGAAAAGCAGCUGUUACCAACACAUAUGCAUGUCAACACGCUAAUACAAGCUUUGACUUUUGAGUCUCUCUGGCUUUAAAGACCAGUAGGAAAUCCACAUUGUCUGGGAGAUCCAAUGAACCUCCAACAAAAAGUGGCCAAAGUUCAACCAGCAUGUCCGUUCAGCCCAAACUCAUAUGCGUUUCCUAGGAUUGAUGCUUACUGACACCGAAGGACCAGAAACCAGUGUCGUGCUGGGUUAAGAAACUCUGCCAUGGUCUUCUCUGUCUGUUUGUGUCCUGUUUUCUACAUGUAAGCGUAUGUGAAUGUACAAACAUUACUCUAUUUUGUCUUUGCAUUUUUGUUGCUUUCUAAAAACAGGAGUCAGUUGAGCUUACCUGUAGAACUUAUACACUCGAUAAACCCCCGUCUCCAUAAUAGCGCUGCCAAAAUUCUCAUAUGAUAUGAAUGCAGCAACAAGUAGCACCUUCAAGCUGAAAUCACACGAGAUCAUCUUACCAGAAAGUAUUAAUUAUUAUGUAUGUGUGUGUAGUCUGCAUGCAUUAUACAGUACCUCAUAUUUUAAAAAAAAUGUCUCUGUUCCCAUCUACUCUUACUUUCAAGUGCUAAGAGGUCACAUGAGUUGUGGAUGGCUCAAGGAAAGCCGAUGAUGUAAUAUACCGUUUGUCACUUCCUGUCGGUACACAUAGUGCUACCCAGUCUGGACCUGUCAGGAUUAAGUGCCAAAAGAUCACUUUAAAUUAUUCACGGACUUGUCGGUUUAUGCUUUAUUAAAUGUAUACGGUGGCACUUGCGAAAUCAGGUACGAAAAGACCAUGAGCUUGGAGCAGUAUUUGUAAAUAUAAAGUAUUUGUAAAAUACUUGAGAUGUCUUGAAUCUUGCUAGCUUUUUCUUAUGCUUUUUUGUUUUUAGUCAUUCAUUCCCCCAUCUGACAUGAAAUAUGUCAACAGAAGCGAGAACAAACGACAACAUGGCUUUCAUUUAUAAUGCAUCAUGGCAGGUAGGGCUGUUUUUGAAGAUUAUUCUAACUAAAAUAGACAAGGUCGUUCGGGUCAGUGUCAGUUUAGGUUCACCGCUACAUUACGGAGAAUGCUGUUGGAGUCAAGACCAAACACACAAAAAUGAUGCUUUACUUUACAGCUCUUUAACCAGACCUCAAUCUUCACUCAUCCUUAAAGCCCUGUUUUAGUUUAUAAAAUGCAGAAUGGGACCGAUUAAGGCGAUGUGUGUAAUUUUUUCAAUAUUAAAUACUUUCAUCUCAGCUUAUAAUGGAAAGAUGCCUGUAAGUAAGCCAUUCAUAGGUUGAUUCCAGAGACAUUGAAUCGACCAAUGUAAGAGAUUUGGGUGGGACUGUCUGUUUUUGCCCGACCAAUGGAAGUCAUUGCAAAUCUGUUUGCCACAGAAAUUACGCACUUCACCUUUAAAGUCAAAUGUUUUUUUAUUGGGAGACAUCUGUAAAAUCUGGCAUCUGGUGCUUGUUGUUUUCCCCUGUGGCCUUAGAACAUUUAAUCCAUUUUUCUAGUUUAUUUAAUCAGCAACGUGUCGUUCCCUGUCUUUGUUAGCUGUGUUUGAGUCUGAUCAGAUAAAGAGAGUGAAUGCAAUGGUGAAAAAGGGUGUAGAUGGCAUGCCCUCUCAGACAGUUGUUUGGUGGUGUCGCGCGGAGUAUUUGAGAAGCAUAGGAAUGAGAUGGAGAGAGCGAGACCCCUUUAGCUUCAGAUUUCCCUGCUGCUUUGAAGCUCGGCUUUGAUCUCAACCAGUUGGGUGCACAGUGUGAUCAGGAAAUAAAAAAAAUAAACAUCAAAAAUAGGAACAGUGCAGGAGAUUACAAAAGAAGAGCUGUAUGAUUGACAACGAACUGAUCCAUUAUAGGGUUAGUUUGGUCAAAAAUUAAUUCUCAUGAGUCUCAUGUUAUUACAAACUUUUAUGUUUAUCUCAGUCUCCAUUCACUUUCAUUGUAUGGAAAAAAGAUGCAAUGGAAGUGAAUGGUGACUGAGGCUUAUAUUUUUGCCUAACAUCUUCUUUUGUGUUCCAUAGAGGAACAAAAGUCAUUAGGAAUAAAAUGAGGGUGAGUAAAUAAUGACCGAAUUUUCAUUUUUGGGUGAACUAUCCCUUAAAUGUGUAGUGGGCACUAUGGGAAUUCCACACUUCCUAAACAACCACACAUUCCUCUAAGCACACACUGUAUUGUCAGCAUACGUAAAUAUGUGAAUUUAAAAGCCAUGUCGCAUGAUAAAGCUUCCUACUGUUGGUUAUCCACUGUCUUCCUCCAUUUACAUUUAUCAGAGCCCAGUUGGACAGCUCUACAAGUGCAAGAGUCUCUCCGAAAUCUGUUGACCCUUUUGCCCUUUUAGUUUUCCCAUGAUAUGGCUCUCAAACCCUUGCAGUAUUAAUGUGAAUCUUGUUGCUGCCACAUUAGUAAAGGAGGUACGACUCUCCUGCCUGUGCAAAAAUUCAGAGAGCUAAAUGUAUUUCUCGGUCUUAAAAUGAUGUGGCACAAGUAAUUGCACUUUGUUGAGAGAGAUUUCAGCAACUCAAUGCUUAUUACUCUUUAUUAGAAGACAUUUGAUCUAAAAAAAAAGUUAAUUAUAAUUUUUAUUGCACUAUUCUGCAGAGCAGAAUAAAAUUUGACAGCACUGGGCAGCUUUCUGAAAUAUCAGCAGUCGUUUGCGGCGGUCGCAACGGUUGUUAAUUUUAUAUUUGGCACGAAUCGAGCGUCUUGACAGCAAUUUUGAGCACUUUUAUGUUUUUAGCUCAUGUUUUGCUCUGUGAUUGAAUAGCAUGCUACAAACAAGUUAAAUAUUCAUAUUAUCUUCAUAUUACCGAUCUUAAUCAUUUCGAGGAAACAAAAAUGAGAUAAAGGCUUUUGUAGUCACCCCAGAGAUGAAUAUCCUUCCAUUGUCAAUCACGCAAAAUGAUAAACAAAUCUCUCUUUGUAGACACUGGAGUUCUGUAACAUAGUACAUAGAAAUAAUAAUGACCUCGAUGAUAAUAAUAACACUUAUGGUUGUCUGUUCUUGUUGUUUUUUAAGUGUUGUGGAUUGUAAGAGAGUUAAAGUAUUUAAAAAGAAAAAAAGUUGGUCUUGUUUUUUUAAUUACUUUUGUUUUGUUUACAUAUUAUAUUACUGUGUACCUAUUGUAAAUAUGAAGCACACCUAUUUUGCAAGCCAAGGAUUCACUUUGUACUGUUGUUAUAUAUAAAUACAAUU